AUUUCACAGGAGGACGGUGUGACCUCCAGCUUCCAACUAUUCGUCGAAAUAUAUUUAACUUCCACUUAAAAAUAAGCUCAUAUUUGAAUUACUCGACUACAAAAAACUCAAUGCAAGUUUACCAGGACUCUGUAGAGCUCACUUGUAAACAGAGGUGUUAGAAAUGUAGGAGCACCCGUGUGACUCACUAUUUUAAACAGCUGUCGGGAGUCCUUCAAAGCACCUGUUCAACAAACUCGUAAAUAAAACUUGCUGAAGGUUGACGGAAUCCGUACUGGUUUCUGUUCCAGUAACAUCUGGAGCAAACAGGGGGUUUCACUUUUCAGUGGAAGAGGAUACAUGAUUCAAAAUGGAAUUCUUGUAUAGGUAUUUUACUGAUAAAUCCCCAGCCAACAAGUACCAUGGGUUAGUAAACCAAGGAGCAACAUGUUACUUAAACAGUGUGCUGCAGGUGCUGUUCAUGACCAAAGACUUCAGAGAAGCUGUGACAAGGAACCCUGGAAGAAGUCAGUAUAUUGAUCACCCCCUUAAGACUUUGUUUGAUAACCUAAAGAAAAAUACAGCUUACACGCAUGAUAUCAGUUUAAAGCUGGACAUCAACUCAGUCUCUGUACAAGGUGACGCUGCUGAGUGCUUUGAGAAGAUUCUGAGUCUAACCAGUCCUGAAGCCUCACAGAUAUUCCAGGGAGUGCUGACACACAGGAACAAAUGCUCUACAUGUAGUACAGAGACAGGAACAGAUGAUCCAUUUUGGACUCUACCUCUUCAACUGGUGGAAACUGACAUCAACGAUUACAGUGUGGCAGAUGCCGUUGCCAAAUAUUUCAGUCAAUCAGAUGCUGGUGGAGGAAACCAGCUAUACUGUGACAGGUGUGCAUGCAAAAGUGAUGCUGCUAUUAAAUUGGAAAUGAGGCAUCAUCCAGAUGUUUUGACGCUGCUGCUGAAGAGAUUUAAAUUUGACCAUCGAUACCCAGUAUGCAUGAAAAUAACACAAGCAGUGAUAGUUCCUAAGACUCUACAAAUACCAGAGAACCAGACCUAUGAGCUUUAUGCAUUUGUCGAGCACUUUGGUGACUUGCGAUCCGGACAUUACACCGUAACAAUCAAAUCUCAGGAUGAUGAGCAUGAUGACAGAUGGUACAACUUCGAUGACACUUUUGUCAGAUUGCUUCCAGAAGGACCAUUCCAGCUGGAGAGAAAUAAAACCGCUCUUACUAGAUCCAGCACUGCUUAUCUUCUGUUCUACAGGAGAAAGAAAAUGCAUGCUGCAGACACACAACACAUCAGUGAGGCACCCACUGGUGGAGCUUCAGCCAAUGAGCAACAAGAACAGGUUGUAAAGACCACAGGGAGAGACGAAGCCAACAAGUACCAUGGGCUAGUAAACCAAGGAGCAACAUGUUACUUAAACAGUGUGCUACAAGUGCUAUUCAUGACCAAAGAGUUCAGAAAAGCUGUGACAAGGAACCCUGGAAGAAGUCAGUAUAUUGAUCACCCUCUUGACACCUUGUUUGAUAACUUAAAGAAAAAUACAGCUUACACACAUGAAAUCAGUUCAAAGCUGGACAUCAACUCAGUGUCCGUACAAGGUGACGCAGCUGAGUGCUUUGAGAAGAUUCUGUGUCUAACCAGUCCUGAAGCCUCACAGAUAUUCCAGGGAGUGCUGACACACAGGAACAAAUGCUCUACAUGUAGUACAGAGACAGGAACAGAUGAUCCAUUUUGGACUCUACCUCUUCAACUGGUGGAAUCUGACAUCAAAGACUACAAUGUGGCACAUGCCAUUGCCAAAUAUUUCAGUCAAUCAGAUGCCAGUGGAGUAAACCAGCUAUACUGUGACCAGUGUGGGUGCAAAUGUGAUGCUGCCAUUAAAUUGGAAAUGAGGCAUCAUCCAGAUGUUUUGACGCUGCUGUUGAAGAGAUUUAAGUUUGACCAUCGAUACCAAGUAUACAUAAAAAUGAGACAAGAGGUGAUUGUUCCUAAGACCCUACAGAUAUCAGAGAACCAGACCUAUGAGCUUUAUGCAUUUGUCGAGCACUUUGGUGACUUGAGAUCCGGACAUUACACCGUAACAAUCAAAUCUCAGGAUGAUGAGGAUGAUGACAGAUGGUACAACUUCGAUGACACUUAUGUCAGAUUGCUUCCAGAAGGACCAUUCCAGCUGGAGAGAAAUAAAACCGCUCUUACUAGAUCCAGCACUGCUUAUCUUCUGUUCUACAGGAGAAAGAAAAUGCAUGCUGCAGACACACAACACAUCAGUGAGGCACCCACUGGUGGAGCUUCAGCCAAUGAGCAACAAGAACAGGUUGUAAAGACCACAGGGAGAGACGAAGGUGAGGCAGCAGGCAUGGACCAUAACCUUGUGGACAUACAGGGAAAAGAUCAGCAGAUGAUAAUGAAAGAUGUAGAGAAUAAAGAUGAAAGUAAACAGGAAAAGGAGAAAGAAAAGUACUCGGCAAAAACCAAGAAUAACAAAGAGAUGGAACAUGCAGACAAUGAAAGCAGUGAUCAAAUUACAAAGAAAAGAAAAACUAAUAAUCAGGAGUCUGAAGACCACAAGAAUGAUGUUGCGCAUCAGCAGGAUGCAAAUUUAAAACCCAGAAAAGGCAGUGAUCACCAGGAUAAGCAACACAGUCUGAAAGUGGAACAAGAUGAAGAAAUGAGAGAUAAGGACAGGCAGAUGAUGAUAGCUGUAAUGGUAGACAGUAAUAGCACAGAUGAAGCUAAUAGAAGUAAAACAAGAGAUGGGAAAAGCGGGUCUGUAGUGCAUAAAGACUCCUCUGAUAUGUUUCAAAGCAGUGGAAAGGUGGAUGAAGGUAACCAGAACAUGUCAGAGAAUGAUGAAGAGCAAAAGAAAAAUGAUAAGCAGCAUGAGACAGAUGGUAAAGGUGCACAAAGAAGAGAUAAAACAAAAACAGAAUUUUGUGAGAGUGAAAAAAACAAGUAUAGGUAUCUAUUAGCUGAUGGCAGUCAAAGGAAAGAACAGCACAAUAACAAUGGACAUGAUGGGGGAAGAGAGUGGUCUUUGUCAGGAAGCAACCGAUUGACAGAGAACUACAGAAGCAGCACUGGUAAUGAACAAAUGAAACCACACAGUCAGUCAGAACUGUGGGUUACUCAGUCACUCAGCAGACCUAGAAGCAUGAACACACAGACACAAAAAAUGUCAGAGGAUGUAGAUGACAUACUCAGUAAGUUUAAAGAAUUAAAUCUAAAUGAGCCACUGCACUUUGGACAAAAAUUUAAAAAGAAACGUAAGGGGCAUGAACAGGUAUUCAGUAAUAUUUCAGAAACAAAACAAGAGCAGCAGAAAGAGAUAAUAAAAUAUGGACAAUCAAGACCAAAUAAUUCACGAAUCUACGCCUAUUACAAAACAACAUUAACCCAACAUGAUGAUGAAAGUAGCACUUCUAAGCAAAAUGGCCAGAGGUCGCCACAACUUGAAAUUCAUUCUGUAGAGGUUAUUGGCCAUGAAGAGAUAAUAAAAAUGAAACUGAAGAGAGAUUAUCAGCAAAUUCCAGGAGAUGUAGAUCAACAACAGACUGGAAAUCACACAGGAAAACAAAACAAUGAUGAGGAAGUUGAAAGAGAGCAAACAAAAGAAAUAUCCAAACCAUACUGUGGGGAGAGUGGAAAAGAUUAGUACAAUGUGCAAUUAGAUAAUGUUGCUCAGAGCAGAACACAGGAGGACUCUGAAAUUAUACAAAGCUGUGGGUUAAGAAGCUUUUGUUGGAGACAAAAAAGCAGUAAUUGUAGUAAAUGAUGAAGCAUGUGACUCAAAGAAAGGUGAACUGUACACCACUCAGAAUUUGAGUGUGAAUGUUACAUUUAGUAACAAAACUGACAGUGGAAAAAUAGAAAAUAGUCAUAAGAAAAAUGUGGGAAAAGAGUUUCAUAGAGGAAUCAAACAUGAGAGUGAAAAACAAGACAUGGUGUAAGUAAGAGUGAUCAGAACUCAGAGCCUGAAUAGUAUAACAUAACAUAAAAUGUUAUUUUACCAGAAUUUUCUAGUUUCAAAGUAAUUUUCAGAUUUUUAAUGUAUUCAUCAGAGAUCAGCUGGAAUCAUGUGAAAUGCUGUAAAAUUGUUUCCUUUCUUAUUCUUCUUCUGUAUUUCCUUUUUUGGUGUAUCUUACGUUGGUAUUGGUAAUGAAGUUUACUUUGUUCAUUUUGGUUAACUUUGUUCCAUUUUUAUCAGGUAAUAUGUAUUAUUUCCUGUUCAAGGGCCGAAGAGCUUCAGUUUAAAUGAGUUGAU